AAAAAGGAAAACGCUUCCAAAUUAGAAAAAAAAAAGAUGAAAAAAAAAGAAAAAAAUCUGGCUUUUUACCAUUCUAUUAUUGCUGAUUCACUCAACAACAUCAACAUGAUGACAGACCACAAAAAAGAGGAGAAUCAGUGCCAAGCAAAAAGAGGACGAAAGGCUAAAAUGGCGGCAGAGUCAAAGAUAUCGAUGUAUAACCAACAGAAAAACAAAGACUUGCGUGCACGACGAAAGAAAAAGUUAGUGGUGUAUAUACCACUCUAUAUUCACGACGAGCGAUUGCUCGCCAGUAAUGAAGAAGAAAGCGUACAAAAAGUAAACGAUGAAUACAAAGAAGGAGAGAAACGAUCCACAGUAAGCGACGCUGAAGAAGAAGAAGAAGGUAAGACACAAGGCCCAUUAUGGAAACAAAACAGCCAGUGAGUCCAAUUCAGAACGACCUACUUAAUAAGCAGUGCUUUGUUCGGAUAGCCACUGAACAUGCAGCAUCAUUACGGAUGCUGGACGAUCCACGCAUCGUGUCGGAAUCGGAUACAAGUUUUUAUGAAGCAUCGGAUACAGACGGUGACGAUGAUCCCGAAGAAUUCAUACAGAAUAAAAAGUUGAAAAGAGACAAAGCGAUAAAGAAAAAAGAAGCCGAAUGCAUUUUUCAGUGUAUGGAUUGCGCCUUGUCGUUUGCAAGUAAAGGCAGCUAUUUCUUUCAUCUACGACACACGCAUAACCAGCAUAAAAUUCCAUUUCGAUCACGUGGAUUAGAUACAAAGAACAAAGACUUUAUACCCGACUUUGAGCAAGACACGAUUGAAGACAUCACUAUACAUCAUGUAGAAACGCAGGUUCAAGAUCAACCCAAGAUCACUGCAGCGACGACACAAAAAAAAGUACUUGUAGAUAGCCAUGUGAACGCGCCGUCUAGUGAAGAAAGUCUGGAUGAAGAGGAUGUAUCUAUAAAAGAGCCCAUGAUUCCAAUCACCCUACCCGCUACCAGACUGCCUUUUUAUUGUCAGUUAUGCAACAGGUUGGAACUGAAUGAGAUAAGAUAUCAACUCCAUAUGCAGUUAUACCAUGCUAAAUCGACAACAUCCAUAAGAAGUGAUAAAAAGGAAAAUGCAGGUGAAGCGUACCAAUGCCCUAUCUGCGACAUAGUCAAGCCCAAUCGACGAUCUUAUUUAAAGCAUUUGAGCAUCAUUCAUAAACAAGUACCGUCGCCCAAAUAAAAAUGACAAUGUAGGGGGAUAUCCUCCUUGAUUGUGUUUGACGACUACGCUUAGUCUAUGAAAGAAUAUAUAUAAAAAAAAAAAAAAAGAUGAAUGCAUCAUUUAAAGGAAAAUGAGGCUGGAUAAUGCGAAAA